AUGUUAUUCAUUCUGAUUACUGCUAUUGGUUUUUAUACAAGUACUGCUGAACUUGUUUCUUCUAUUCCAUGUGAAUAUAUAACUGAUGAACAACUUCUCUGUCGACAAACAUCAUUUACUGAUGAUAAUAUUCCAUUGAAUAAAGAAUCAAAUUAUUCUCAAAUCAUACAAUUUGAAUGGAUUGAAUCAGGUGCAUAUAUAUUUUCUGAUAAUCUAUUUGAAUUAUUUUCUGAUCUUAAAAAUGUUUCAUUACGUUCAAAUGCAUUAACAUCAUUAUCAAUUCUACCAUUUUGGUCUCAUUUAAAAUCUAUUUCACAUCUUGAUCUAUCACAAAAUCGUUUAAUAACAAUAAAUAAUCGUGAUUUUCAAUCAUUUAAAAAUUUAAUAUCAUUAAAUAUAUCAUUAAAUUUUCUUACAACAAUCGAACCUAUUUGGUUAUUAAUACCAUUACAUAUAAUUGAUCUAUCACAAAAUGGUAUUAAUUCAAUAGGUUAUAUAAAACUUCAAAAUAGUACAUCAGAAAUAAAUUCAUGUGUAUUAGAACAAAUUUAUUUCAAUAAUAAUCGUGGUCUUCUAUCAUUUACACAAUUACAAAUGAAUAUAAUGAAUACAUGUCCUUUUAUUGAUCGUUUUCAAUUAAUGAAUAAUCAUUGGCAUUGUGCAUGUAAUGAUCUUAUUCAUUCUCUUAAACAUUAUCGAAAAUUAAUUCUUAUCGAUGAAUUUUCUAAGAGUUUAAGUGGUCAAUGUGAAACACCUCUAGCAUUUCGUAAUAUUGAUAUACAAAAAAUGCAUGAAGAAUUAGUAUGUGAUAAUAAUCUUCUAUUAUUUGAUUCAACACUUAAUGAUGAACAAUCAUCAUCAUCAUCAUCAUUUUUAUCUCGGCAAAUUAUUUUUUUAUUUAUAUUGGGUUGUAUCAUUGGAAUUAUAAUUGGUUUAUGUUUACAUUAUUGUGCAUAUCGUUGCCUUGAUGUACUUUCGUAUCUAUUGUAUAAAUGUAAUCGACAGAAAAUAAUUAAUGAAAGAAAUGUUAAUGAAUCAAUACAAAUGAAUGAUUCUAAUCAUAAUGCAAAUCGUUUUAUUUAUUGUCCAACCAAUGAAUCCGAUACUUUACCAAGUUAUUCUCAAGUAAUGAAUGAUAUAUUUUAUUUAGAUGUUCUCAAUCGACAGCAUCAGACUGAAUUUGAUGGUGAAUGUUAA